AUGCCAGUGGGUCAACGAGCCACUGCAAUCGAAACGGGACAGUUAAAUCUGGACGGAGGAAAUGUGUUCAUGAAGGGCGGUGGUGGUGGUGGUCUCCUCAAGAAUGCCAAAGAUUCCUUUGAUUACGAUACCGAACCAGUGACAUCCUCAUCAUCCGACGAAGAAGACGUCUUUGCCGAUAUCUCCUUGCACGACAACGUUGAUGAUGAAGAAGAAGACGAGUAUACAAAACCAGUCAAAUCUGGGAGUGCGGAUGCCUCGGAACAGGGAACAGUAUUUUCCGCUUCCACCAAGGGUUCUUCCAAGAAGGGUCGUGCCACCAUCAUUGCGGCCAAACGAAGCAAUUCCAUGACCCGCGUCGAUAGUAUUCGAGAAAUCAAUUCCAUGGCUGAGCAGCAACAACCACAAAAGAAAGGACUCGAUUCUGAUAUGAUACAUGUCUCCGGCUACUUGCGACUAGACAUUCACACCCAAUUUCUUCUGUCGGAACAUGGAAUCCGCUCGCUGGACGAUUUGGGAAGCUUGAGACCCAAAAAGUGGAAACACAUACACAAUCUGGUCAAGUCUGUUACUGGGGACGAUGAACAAGCUCGAAAGUUAGCCGUACUCCGUCAGUGGAUUCGUUCCAUUCAAAUUCCAGUGGACGAAGGCGACCGUAUUCCAAGCGACUGGAGGCCACUCUUUCUAAAAGCACUACCCCAGCUGAAAGCGGAUGCCCGAAGAACCGACUGGACUAAUUCAGAGGAUGUGCAAAUGCGGUUCAUUGAUGCUAUGCCAUAUUCCAUCACCAACUUUAUCACCUCCCUUUCUCAAUGCGGAAUUGCCUUGCCUUGGGAAUCAGAAUUUGAAUGA